AUGAACGAAGUAGUCAGCAACAGCAGCACGGUCAAUUUUCCAGCACAAGCAACGAAUUACCAGAUGACACUUGCUUGGUUUGCUCUGGGGUCGUGGUUCGAGGCUUCAAUUGUCCUCUGUAGUCUGGAGUACAGCACGGAGGACUCCGUUAGCACAACUUUCUUCGGCUAG